AGGGGCGGAUGUUGUUUUGGUGUAGUCGGUCCAGUGUCCUCUCCCGCCAAACUGAUGAACAAAAUAAGGCCUUCUUAUCUUAUCUUUUCUAAUUACUACACCCUGCGAUACUUUCCACAGUUGUUCAUAUUCAUCACUAGAACAUCUUCACUCAUUCUGAAUGGAACCAAACACAGCAUCAUAAACGCCCCCGUGUUAGUACAUGAUCUAAAAUAUUGAACAAUAGCAGGCUACUAUCAUCCCGACAAUAACAGCUGUACAUGCAUGUGAUUUCAUAAAGGCCUCCGCAGCUGCAUCCCGUGUGUUUUUAUGGGUGGAGACUGAGGUCCUCCUCACAAUAUUAUAGCCACACAGACAACACAAGUCAGCGUAACCACCAGCAGCGACAUUGUUAGAGGCCGUGGAGGCUGAUGAGCUCUUGUUUUGCGCAGAAAGUCCCGCACAUAGCGCGCAGUGACGUUACAUUGGACCAGUCUGAUACAAAGUAAGAGAAAUGAGUCAGGCAGAGCAAGUGCUUAAGGACAUGCCUGCAUACCUCAAUGAUGAGCCAGUAGCUACAGAUGACGACAACGACAACAAGGACGAUUCACAGGCGCAGCCGGGCAUGCUCGGCAGGUUGGCGGGGGGCUUGUAUGGUGCCACCAAGGGAGCUUUAGGAGCGACUGUAGGCGGUGUGACGUGGAUAGGAGGAAAGAGUCUGGACCUCACCAAAACCACCGUCAGCUCUGUCGCUGCGCUGCCUGGGAUUGGAGUGGGUCUGGUUAAAGGAGGAGUGUGUGCUGUAGCUGGAGGAGUGAUUGCUGUUGGUUCUGCUGUGGUCAGCAAAGUUCCCAUAGGAGGAGGCAAAAAGAAGGACAAGUCUGACUGACGGAGAGAGGAGGAGAGUGAACACACACAGCUGAGGUGUUAUGGCUCGCACUGUGUUCGCAGUCAUGAGCAGAAAAAGAGCCACAGAGGACUCAAAUGUUUAGUGUACACGUUUAUGGUGAAGGGUGUCUUUGUUUUUGUUUGUUAGGUUCUCUUUUUAAUGGUUGGUAAACCCAUGUUCAUAUACUUAAGUGGCCAGGACUCAAAAAGCAUAACUACCAAAGACGCUCCUGCUCUGUUAAAGGACACACAUUAUUAUCACCAGUGCCUGAAAUUGUUCAAAUAAAAUGUCCACUUUUCCUUUUUGAUAAGUGACAACACUGUUUUCACUGUUGUACUCGCCACAUAUGUUAACUUUGGUACCAGAGGAGAAAAGCUCCUAAGGACUCACUUGUGAGACAAUCAUUGAUCCAUGGUGAUCUGUAACUGACAAAAAGGUAUUUUGCUGUUAACUGACAUGUAUCUGAAAAUAUGUACAUGGUGACUAAAUCAGCUUCUGUUUAGUUAAUCGCCUCUGUUCAGCUUGCACAAAUGAACAAACACGUGAUCAGAAAUGUGAUCUUUGAAGUAAAGUCCAGUUUGAUAUCUAAACCGUUUGCUGACUGUGGAUAUUUCGCUAGUGAAUUUUUGUGACGGUUUCAGUUUUCCUCUGAAUUCACAUUGCCCUCUUGUGGUUAUAUUAUCACCUCAGUGAAAGGUGAGUCAUACUUUUGAUACAAUAUGAAAGCUAGAGUAUUGUGACAGCAAUUAACUUAAUAACUCAGAAAACUGAGACAGUUUGUCUACAAAUACCAUCCUGGACCCGGUGCUACUUAUGCAAGAUGGUUGAAAGUUUGUUGAACAAUGAUACAUUUUUUUUAAACAUAAAACAUGCUGAAGGCUGUAAAUGUAUUGUGUUCCAUCACUCACAAAACAAGUCUUAUGAAUCCAAACAGUAUACCUUUA